CAGUUUAAAUAAGUGUUUUUUGUGAGUAUGGGGUUCCGUUGCGGAUGAAAUGAUCAAAUUAGCCGGCAAAAAUUGAAUUCUGUAGGAUUUCGGCGUAAAAGACCGGAAGUAGGUAGCACAACCUGAAGCUGGACCCGCUGAGCCAACAGCGCACGUCAACCAAUCAGAAACAAGCAUUUAAUUCAUUUAAUUUAACGCCCUCUAGCGGCCAAAUAGUUAUUGUCAAUCCCCCAAUUUCAUCAUUCCCAAUUAGGCCACUUGUGGUGAUGGUGACAUACACUAAAAUAGAUAAUGGACCCCUUUUUGGAACUUGAUACUUCCCUUACUGGAAUGUAAUCCCUUCUUCCAUAGCGGUGUAACCCUACUAAAUUUGAUGAAUACCAUCUGUAGUUUUUCCUAUUAAAUGCUGUUAUAAUUCUUGGUUUAUAUAGGCCUUGUCUUCAUUUUCUAUUUUUCUCUAACCCUUUUAGACAUGCUGACCAGAAGAAGACAUUGUGGUGUUGGAAAACCCAACCCCCUUGAGGUAGCAGCACAAUACACAGAGAAAGAAAAGGACCCUCCUCACUUCAUUGUCAAGCUGUUUGAGAACAAAGGAAGAGGGAUAGUGGCACAAAGAGACAUCUCAAAAGGGGAGUUUUUGUUGGAGUACCCAGGCCAACUUAUAUCUGCCCAAGAAGGCAACCAACGUGAGGAGGAGGAAUCAUCUGGUUUUCGUUUUUUUUUUAAGCAUCAAGGACAAAGCUACUGUCUUGAUGCAACUGAUGAGUGUGCUUUUGGGGAUAGACUCGGCCGCCUCGUGAAUCAUGGACAAGGGAGGGAGGAGAACGCCCGAAUGAAGAUACUAGAUAUGAAGUCACAUCCACACAUGUGGAUAAUUGCUACAAAGAACAUAUCUAAAGGGACCGAAGUUCUGUACAAUUAUGGAGUUCGAGAACUGCCGUGGAAGAAAAAGCAUUUCAGAGGACAAGUUCAAAGGGAAGAAGAAGAAGGAGAGACACAAGUCCACCAACAGGAAAGAGGGACUCUAGGACAACAACAAGAAGGAGAGAUGCAGGUUCACCAGCAAGAAGGACAGACACAAGGACAUGAACAAGAAAGAGGGACUCUAGGGCACCAACAAGGAGAAGACAUACAUCCACCAACAAGGAGAGACAGAGGACCACCAACAAGAAGAGACAGAGGACCACCAACAAGAACGAGGAACACAAAUCCACCAACAAGGAGGAGAUACACAUGUCCACCAACAAGAAGGAGAGACAGAGGGCCACCUACAUGAAAGAGAGACUCUAGGACACCAACAAGAAGGAGAGAU